CUUAUUAUUAAUCAAAGUGCCUCUUGUUUUGAUUACAUUAUUUAUUAUUAUAUAAAAUUUGUAUGGUGUAUAUAUAAAAUACAUACAGAGUGUCCAGUAAAGAUUGAUGUUCGUGAGCGAAUAGAACGUAAUAGAAAAAAAUAAAGGACUCUUCUAGUUUAGUUUACUGUGUUUUACUUGCUUACAAACGUCGGCACAAUCUUUAUCGGACAUCCUGUUUAUAUCAUCGCCUGAAUAAGCUUUCUUUAGCAGAAAAACUUAUUCAUAAUUCAUAACCAUGACUUGCCCGCAGCUUAUUUCCAAUUAUAGUACUCCAAAAAUUACUUGGUAUCAAACAGAUCUUACAGUCGUCAUUCGCAUUCAUUUAAUUGAUGUAUCUAAUUAUUAUCUUCGAGUCGAGGAUGAUUAUUUUCUCUUUAGUACAGAAGCAAAUGAUAAAAAAUAUUCUACAAAUGAUAAAAAAUACCAUCUCAUCCUAUAUUUGUUUGGACCAGUAAUAUCGGAAAAGACAGUACACAAAAAUGUUGGGAGGGAAAUUAAAAUCUACCUUACAAAAGCAUGCAAAUGGUAUCCAUGGUUAAGAUUGAUUAUUUCCAGAGAAAAGAACCCAUUUAUAUCAUAUGACACAGAUCAUAUAUGUGAUGCAGAUAACAUUAGGAAGAAAAAUAAUUUUAAAGCUAGGGAAAGUAUUGAAGAGUAUAAACGCCGAAACCACAUAAAACAUAUAAUGGCUGUCAUGCCGUCUAGCGACGAAGAAGACUCCGAUGAAGAUCAUAUUGAUUUCCUUCAUUAUGCUUAAUAAUUUUCGAUCUUUUUUUUGUUGCAUUUGCGAAAGAAAAAAAAGACGUUUGAUAAUCAUUUAUAAUUAAGCAUUUUAGCUUUUUAAUGUUAAUCAAAAUAUAUGUACAGUAUAUUUAAAAAGGAUUAUAAAUUUCUUAAGUUUUGAAGAUUGCUUUAUUUGUGAAUUGGAAAUAAUUAUUUGUCAGUUUUCUUUUUUUUAUUCUUCUCCCUCUUUUGUCAAUUUUCAAUACUUAAUUUUUUAAUGUGAUAAAAUCAUA